UGUCAUUAUAACAUUGUUACCACAUAACUGUAACUAUUUUAACAUGUCAUUUUAAAUUUGUUACCAUGUAACUGAAACUAUUUUAACACAUGCCAUUAUGACUGUAAUUCAUUCAAGGGAAGCGUGGUACGCCUUCUAAGAGUUUUUUCUGCUAUAAGUCUUUAAGUUGUAAAUAAUGCGCAAAGUAGCUGAAACCAAACGUUUGCUUAGGAACAGCCUCACCAAAAAUGUGUGGGUAAUGUCAUCGGCAUGUGGUUGCCACUACCAAAACAUGCCUUUUAUCCGCCAAUAGAGACAUGCUGACCAGUUCGUUCAAUCAUAAAGCCAAUACAGGUUUACCGACCAGUUCCUUUAGUCAGCACGCCAAUACAGACAUUCUGACUAGUUCCUUUAAUCAACACGCCAAUACAGACAUGCUGACCAGUUCCUUUACUCAGCACGCCAAUACAGACAUGCUGACCAGUUCGUUCAAUCAUAAAGCCAAUAUAGAUUUACCGACCAGUUCCUUUAGUCAGCACGCCAAUACAGACAUUCUGACGAGUUCCUUUAAUCAACACGCCAAUACAGACAUGCUGACCUGUUCCUUUAUUCAGCACGCCAAUACAGACAUUCUGACUAGUUCCUUUAAUCAACACGCCAAUACAGACAUGCUGACCUGUUCCUUUAGUCAGCAUGCCAAUACAGACAUGCUGACCAGUUCCUUUAGUCAGCACGCCAAUACAGACAUGCUGACCAGUUCGUUCAACCAUAAAGCCAAUACAGAUUUUACCGACCAGUUCCAUUAGUCUGCACGCCAAAAAAAAAAAAAAUGCUGACCAGCUUCUUGAAAUAAAACUUAUAAAAAUAUUG